AUGUCAGCCCCUCGACGGAAUGGUCUACUUUCAUCAUGCGAACCAUGCCGCAAAUCCAAGCUCCGAUGCGAUCACACUCUUCCAGUCUGUCAGCGGUGCGUGACAAACCGUCGAACACAGCAAUGCACCUAUCACCCGUGCCCUCUCACCAAAGGCCGACCGAAGAGAGCCUUGGUCCGUAGCAAUCAAAACCAGAGAGAAUCUCACUCUGGUGAUGAUGGUGUCUCGUCGAAUAGGGAGUCGUUCGACUGGGUAGACAAAAUGCCCUCCGUCCCUGCUCGUAGAUUCGAACCGAAGCCGACCGGGCGUCGGGAUGAAUCAUUCUCUCCCCUGGGGUUUUUGGGCCCCACGAGCCAUGCAACGGUCUUCGGUGAUGAUGCUUCGGAUGGUGAGUCGCAGUUGAGUCUUUUCGGUGACAUCAACACGGCGGCGGUCGAUUCGACGAUGGUGGAAAUCGGAGCACAGAUUCUGUCACUCUUAGACCAUAUUCCCUUCUACGCAGAGUUGCUUGAAAAGCGGUUCGACCUGUUUGAGGGGUGGAUUUUUGGCCCACAACUGAUUCGAGAAGCUCUACUCGGAUUGCAAAUGCUAUACCACGGUGUGGUGCAAGAUUCCAGUGCGGACAAUCGACAUACCCGUCUUCUAGAGGGUUCGAGACUGGUUUUCCGCAACACCGCCGCCACGAUCGAAAUGGAUCUUGCCAUGACAUUGGCCGACUAUGUUUCACAGGUGUCUCCGCGAUGGGAAACCGUUGGGUUAAUCUUUGCCUUGGUAGGUACCGCAUCGUAUCAGAUUGCACCGGGUGAAGGGGUCCUCACGCGUGAUGGGAUCCCGGGGAAAGAUCGGCAUGGGUUGCGAAAGAUUGCCGUCGCAGUUAGUGACAUGUGCUUGCAAUUCUGCAAUAAAGUUGGUGUAAUCAGUGAUCCCUUGUGCUGGGCAGCCGUUCAACACACCGUUUUCAUGAUGGACAUGCACGGGUCCAAUGAUUACAGAACAUGGCAGAGACAGGGGGAAGUAGUUUCCCUGGUAUUUGCCCUUGGCCUUCACCAGCGAACAGUUGAUGAGCGCACUCCCUUCUUCUUGUCUGAGAUCCGCAGCAGAACCAUGGUAGCUGCAUACUCGAUGGACAAGGAGCUGGCUACCUUUUUGGGUCGGCCUCCUCGCAUAUGCCGGCAAUACUGUGACUUACGGUUCCCUCUAGACAUUGGGUGGGAAGAUCUAGUGGCAGACACUUCCAUUCGGGAGGUCGCAAUCCAGCAACUCAAUCCAGAUGGUUGGAAUGUGCAGGGAGACCCGGACAAAGGAGCGAGACCCCGACUCACCCUGCUGGCCAGCAUUCUCCGGGAGAUGAUCUUGGAAUUGUCGCUCAGCCACGAUGUGGAUAAUUUGUGGGACAGAACAGUCGCAAGAAAGACCGGAGAGAUCCCGGACUCCCUGAUCGAUACGUCCCAGGAUAUUCUCGCGGGCCUUCUAGAUCUGGUCUCCAAGCAAUCGCGGGCAGGACCUGUCAGUCAUCUCACCAUAUUCGAUUUCUCCUACAUCGGUCUUCCAGCCGCUGCCUCAUCCGCAAACCAAGCAACAAGCGGGACAUCCUUUCCUCGAUCCAAGAUCAUUCAGAAUCUCAGUGUUUUUGCAGCACAGAUCGAAACGUUCUUCCCCAGUAGAGAAGGUGAUUACGAUACUUGCAUGAAAGGCCUCGCAUACAUCCGGCGGGUUCUCGAUUCUGUUCUGUCGGCAUGCGCAGGCGCUGUGUCGGGACAACCUUCUGAUGAAACCAGGGCAGUCGAAGGUGGCUUAUCCGGGGAUACAGACAUGGAUUUUGAGACAUUGUUCGAGAAUUUCGACUGGGAGCAGGAGAUACGGCCUCUUUUUACUUGA